AUGCUUCUCACUGUCUUGGCAGUUGUGGGUUGUUUCACCGCGGUCAAUGGACAUGGAUAUCUGACGAUCCCCGCAAGUCGUACCCGGCUUGGGUUCGAGACUGGUAUUGAUACCUGCCCCGAAUGUUCUAUCUUGGAGCCAGUCACCGCCUGGCCUGAUCUUGAGGCCGCUCAAGUUGGCCGGAGUGGACCAUGUGGCUACAAUGCUCGUGUCAGCGUCGACUACAAUCAGCCCAGUGAAUACUGGGGCAAUGAACCGGUAGUCACGUAUACUUCGGGGGAAGUUGUUGAGGUUCAAUGGUGUGUUGAUGCCAACGGCGACCAUGGUGGCAUGUUCACAUACGGCAUUUGCCAGAACCAAACCCUGGUGGAUAAGUUCCUCACUCCAGGAUACCUUCCCACCAAUGAGGAAAAGCAGGCCGCAGAGGAUUGUUUUCUGGACGGUGAGCUCAAGUGUAAAGAUGUCUCCGGCCAGACGUGCGGGUACAACCCGGAUUGUACAGAGGGAGCAGCCUGCUGGAGAAACGAUUGGUUCACAUGCAAUGCCUUUCAGGCGAAUACAGCACGAGCCUGUCAGGGUGUUGAUGGAGCGUCACUGAACUCCUGCAAGACAACCAUUGCGGGUGGUUAUACCGUCACCAAGCGGAUCAAGAUCCCCGACUACUCCUCCGAUCAUACCUUGCUCCGCUUUAGAUGGAACUCUUUCCAGACCGCACAGGUCUAUCUUCACUGUGCCGACAUUGCGAUUGCUGGGUCUGGAGGUGGUACAACUUCCAAGUCUACGACCUCCACUACAAGUACCACUUCCACCUCACGAUCCACUUCGACGUCUGCGCCCACGACCACAUCCUCCGCCUCAACUGCCACGCCCAUUUGCACUACCCAGGCUAGCCUAAUCCCCGUCACAUUUCAAGAAUUUGUGACCACCAUGUGGGGAGAGAACGUCUUCGUCACUGGGUCAAUCAGCCAGCUGGGCUCUUGGUCCACCGAUAAGGCAGUGGCGCUGUCUGCCACUGGGUACACCGCAUCGAACCCGCUCUGGACCACUACGAUAGACCUUCCGGCGGGGACAACUUUUGAAUAUAAGUUCAUUAAGAAGGAGACCGACGGGAGUAUCAUCUGGGAGAGCGAUCCAAACCGCAGCUACACUGUCCCUACUGGAUGCUCUGGCACCACCGCCACCGCAGCAGCUAGCUGGCGGUAG